AUGCCAAGAAGAAAAAAUUGGAGGGCAGCUGAGGCUAAACGUGGUGUGAAAAACCCAAAGAAACAGAGACUGACGGACUUGACUUGGGAUACUGGACCCAUUAACAGUACAAAAUCUGACCUUGACAUAGGUGAUACUGACACCUUCAACAACAGUAACUCAAAUAACAUGGGGGAUACUGACCUCCACACAAAUAUAAACAACAGUAACUCAAAUAAUAUGGGGGAUACUGACCUCCACACAAAUAUAAACAACAGUAACUCAAAUAACAUGGGGGAUACUGACCUCCACACAUAUAUAAACAACAGUAACUCAAAUAACAUGGGGGAUACUAACCUCCACUCAAAUGCAAACAAUAGUAACUUGAAACUACUUGAAAAAUCUGAAUUGAAUAAACUUGAAAUAUCUGAACUGAAUAUACUUGAAAUAUCUGAAUUGAAUAAACUUGAAAAAUCUGAAUUGAAUAAACACGAACAAUCUGAAUUGAAUCAAAACAGUAACAAUAACUGUGCAAAUCAAAACAGUAACAAUAACUGUGCAAAUCAAAACAGUAACAACAACUGUGCAAAUCAAAACAGUGACAAUAACUGUCUAAAAGAAACUUGUCACAUACAAACAGAUAUUCUGUCAAAUGAAUCAAACAAUAGUUAUGCCAAAAAAGAUUCUCAUUGUUUUAUCCAAACUAAUCUGUUGCAAGACCAAAAUGAACAAUUUAAAACUAAUUCAGAACAAGGAGUAUCAAAAUAUUACAAUUCUUUUAAUGCAAACUUUAUUAAAUUUGGAACUUUUGACCAGUAUGCCACAAAAUUUGCUGAUCAAAGCAGGGGAAACCAAUGUACUUGUAAUUGCUUAGUUUUCUUAUCACUUUCUUCUUUAAAUUUUGAUUCAAACACACUGAACCUGGAUUACAUUUUGAAUAAAGGUGAUGAAAUUUACAAGAAGCAUGUUCAAGAAUUAACAACACAGGGAUUAUUUAAAAAUAUGCUCUUAAAUUUUGAUGAAAUUCCUGUCAAAAUAGAAAUUCCUGAAGGGAUUUUUAUAAUUAACAAACAAAAUAUUCUGUUUGGAAUAGCUUUACAGUACCAAGAGUUGACUGGAUUUCUCACAUUACAAGAAGCAAUUCAAAAUUGUAUAAAGCAGUCGAACAAAUUUCUUAUUAUGAUUGGAGCCAUAUGUUCAGCAGUUUAUUAUUAUAAUCAUACAUACUAUUUUUUUGACACUCAUUCUCAUUCAGAAUGUGCACUCAAUAAUCCAUUAGAUUCCUCUGGCAAAAGUAUUUUGAUUGGAUUUGCUGACUUACAUGACCUCCUCAGUUACUUGUAUGGUUUUUACACCAGUUUACAAAUUGAUUUAGCCUCUCAAUAUGAAAUUUUACCUGUAAGUAUCACUAGUAAAGAUACUGACAAAGAUGUGACCAAGCAGAUUAAGAAUUACUUUAAGGAUCAGAAACUAAGGAACACAAAACAAAAAAAAGUUUCCUACCAGUAUAUGAAAGUACCCAAGUUUGUAUAUAUGAAAAACUACAUGCAAAAAAGAAGAAAAAACAAACAAUUCAAAGAAAAAGAAUUAAAUGCUAAAAGAUAUUCAAGAAAAGAUAAGAAUUACAGAAAAACAGAAGCACAUAGAAAGAAGUCUCAGAGAGAUAAUUCUGAUAUAAGACAGAUUGAGAGACAAAGAGAACUUGCUUCGAAAAGAGAGGCUAGAAAGAAUGAAGAUUUCAAAAAAACAGAACUUGCUGCUAAAAGAGAAGUUAGAAAGGAUAAAAAUUAUAGAAGAGCUGAAGCAGAAAGUAAAAAGUCUCAAAGAGAUAAUCCUGAUUUAAGACGGAUGGAAAGACAAAGAGAAUUUGUUGCUAAAAGAGAGGCUAGAAAGAAUGAAGAUUUCAAAAAAACAGAACUUGCUGCUAAAAGAGAAGUUAGAAAGGAUAAAAAUUAUAGAAGGGCUGAAGCAGAAAGUAAGAAGUCUCAAAGAGAUAAUCCUGACAUAAGACAAAUGGAAAGACAAAGAGAACUUGCUGCUAAAAGAGAAGUAAGAAAGGAUACAAAUUAUAGAAGGGCUGAAGCAGAAAGUAAAAAGUCUCAAAGAGAUAAUCCUGAUUUAAGACGGAUGGAAAGACAAAGAGAAUUUGUUGCUAAAAGAGAGGCUAGAAAGAAUGAAGAUUUCAAUAGAAGAGAACUUGCUGCUAAAAGAGAGGCUAGAAAGAAUGAAGAUUUCAAUAGAAGAGAACUUGCUGCUAAAAGAGAGGCUAGAAAGAAUGAAGAUUUCAAUAGAAGAGAACUUGCUGCUAAAAGAGAGGCUAGAAAGAAUGAAAAUUUCAAUAGAAGAGAACUUGCUGCUAAAAGAGAGGCUAGAAAGAAUGAAAAUUUCAAAAGAAACGAAACAAAAAAGAAAAAAAUUGCCAGACAAGAUGAAAACUACAGAAAACAUGAGUCAAAACGAGACUUCCACAGAAAACAAGAAUAUAGGUCACAUCCAGAAAAUUUAGAAAAUGAGCGUUUGAAGAAACAAAGUUCAAGACAGAAAAACCUAGAUAUAGACAGAUGUUAUGAAAAGACAGUCAAAAGUACUAAAAGAAAAAACAUUGAUUUUACAGAUCACGAAAAAGACCUCAAAAAGAAAAGAACUCACGGUAUAACCCUUGAUACUUGCAUUAGAAAUUUUAAAACCAAAAUUAAUGAAGGUCCUACAUAUAUAUGUACUUCUUGUCAUCAAACUUGGUUCUGUGAUUCUGUAGUUAAUGCUAAAACUAUUAAAAUGAAUACUCCUGCUAACAUGUCUCAUUGUUUUACAAAUUUUAAAUCUGUACAGCACAUAGAAUGGAUAUGCCACACUUGUCUAAAUGCAAUUAAAAGACAAAAAAUACCUCGCUUUGCAAUAGCAAAUAAGAUGGGAUUUCCCCAAAAACCAAAAGAAUUAAAUUUGUAUCCCUUAGAAGAGAGACUGUUAUCAUUAAGAAUUCCUUUUAUGCAGAUUCGACAGUUGCCUAGAGGUGGACAGUUAUCAGUUAAAGGCAAUGUUGUAAAUGUGCCUGUUGAAGUUCAACCUACAAUAAAUUCACUUCCUCAUACAUUAGAGAAAUCAGGAACAAUAUCAGUUAAACUGAAGAAGAAGCUUGAAUUCAAAAAGUGUGAUUUUAGUGAAAAUGUGAGACCAUUUGCUGUCAUUUGUGCAUUACAUUAUUUGAUGAGAACAAGUGAAUUUGAAGUAGAUGAAAGUGAAACGCAUGUUGGAAACACAGAUACACUGUUAGAUCACAUUCCAGACGACAAUCCACUAUGUGAUGCAGGUUUAACUUUUGCUCCUGGUGAAGGUCAACGACCAAUUAGUCUCUACAGUGAUCCUGAUGCAGAGUACUUAUCUUUUCCAACUAUAUUCUGUGGUCAACGAAGGCCAGAUAACAAAGACAGGUCUGUCUCUGUUCACUUUACUGAUAUUGUCAAAUGGGAACUAAGGUCCAUGGAUAGGAGAGUAGCACAAUCUGUACCAAAUAUAUUUUUCAAGUUAAAAAAAAUUCAGUUAAAAAACAUAAGUGAUAAGGUCAAUCUUGCUCUAAGAAGGUGUCAAUCAGAAGGAAAAAAAUGGACAGCAAAAGAUGUACUCAAUCCUAACACUGUAAAUGAUCUUGUAAGAUUAGAUGAAGGUUAUUAUAUCUUUAGAAGUUUAAGAAAUUCUCCAGUAUACCUUGAAAAGAGGAAGAAAGAUUUGUUUGCAAUGAUCAGACAGUUGGGUCUUCCAACAUGGUUUGGCUCUCUUUCAUCUGCAGACACUAAUUGGAAAGAUUUGUUACGAAUUCUUGGCAAAUUAAAUGAUGGCAAAGAAUAUACUGACAAUGAAUUGGAAGGAAUGGAUUGGCAUCAGAAAUCUAAACUUGUUCAGAAAGACCCUGUGACAUGCUCUAGAUAUUUUGAUUAUCGUGUCCAACAGUUUAUUAACUUGGUGUUGAAAAGUGAUCAUGAUCCUAUUGGAAAAUUGACAGAUUUUUUUUAUAGAGUUGAAUUUCAACAGAGAGGUUCACCCCAUAUUCAUAUCUUGAUCUGGAUUGAAAAUGCACCAGUUUAUGAAAGUGAUUCAAAUGAAGAUGUUGUAGCAUUUAUUGAUAAAUAUGUCUCCUGUUCACUUUUAGAAACUAAUACUAAUUUAGUCAAUUUGCAGGUUCAUAAACAUUCAAAAACAUGCAGAAAAAAAGGUCACCCAAUUUGUCGUUUUGGUUUCCCCCUUCCACCUAUGAAAGCAACAGUAAUCUUAGAGCCUUUAAAAGAAAAUGAUGACAUAGAAAAGUACAAAGCUAUAUAUAAAGAAAUACAAAACGAAAUUAAUACACUUCACAAUUCUGAAGAUAUAGACCAGAUGACAUAUGACAUGUUUUUAGAUGAUGUGUUACAAAUGGAUGAUGAAAAUUAUAUUAAGGCCAUAAGAAGCAACUUGAGUGGUCCAAAAGUUUUUCUCAAACGAAAACCAUCUGAAGUCCGUGUUAAUGGUUACAUGAAAACUGUGUUGAUAGCCUGGCAAGCAAAUCAUGAUUUACAGUAUGUUUUAGAUGCAUUUGCAUGUGCAGUGUAUAUUGUUUCAUAUAUAAGCAAGUCACAAAAAGGUAUGAGUGCAUUACUAGACCAAGCAGCAAAAGAAGCCCGACAGGGAAAUUUAGACUUGAAGCAUCAAGUAAGGCACAUUGGGAAUUACUUUUCAAAUUCUGUUGAAACAAGCGCACAAGAAGCAACAUACUUAACACUACAGAUGCCUUUAACAAAAGCUACAAGACAAGUCGUAUUCAUUAACACGUCUCCACAACACAAAAGAACUUUUCUCCUCAAGCAAUCAUCGGUUCUAGAAAAACUAGGCCCAGACUCUACUGAAAUAGAAUCAGACAAUGAUAUUAAAAGGUACUCGCGUAGACCAAAACAACUGGAGAACUGGUGUUUAGCAGAUUAUGUAUCUCAGCUUGAAUUGCAGUAUCCUAAAACUGAGUCCUCAGAUGAUCACGAAACAGAAGAAAAAGAUCAUGAAUCUGAUAAUGAAAAUGAAGCGGCAAAUGCAGAUAUUAUAGAAGAAAUCAAUAACAAAAUCGACAUAACCCUGAAGAAUGGUAUUCGAAUAUAUCAAAGAAAAACACCUAAGGUUAUAAGAUAUGUUAAAUACAAUUACAAGACUGACUCUGAAAACUUCUACAGAGAACGCUUAAUGUUAUUUUAUCCAUGGAGAAAUGAACUUUCAGAUUUGCAAUGCGAACAUGAAACAUUCGAAAACAUGUACUUGACCGUUGCAAGAAUUUUAGAAAAAAAAGCUAAGCAAUAUGAAGGAAAAGUGAUAGACCUAGAGAAAGCUAUAGAAGAGGCAGAAAACGAUUGUAAUGAGAAUGAUCAAAUAGCACCUGCCACACAGCAAGUAGAAAUGGAAGAUGCUGAAAUAGGCCCAACAGAAUCUGAACAGUAUGUACAUUUCAAUCCAGAUAGACCAACAGAACAUAGACUGUAUGAUAUGUCCCGUGAAGUUGGAAUAGAAGCAAGAACAGUAGAAUUGACAAAUCAUGCAAACAGAAUAAGUGAGAGGGAUUAUUUUGAUUUGAUAAGAUCCUUGAAUAAGAAACAGUGGGAAUUUUUCCAACAUGUUGUCACAUGGGUUAAAACAAAACAUGAACCAUUUUAUACAUUUUUGACAGGUGGAGCAGGAUGUGGAAAAUCUGUAGUUGUAAGAACAAUAUUUCAAGCUUUACACAGACACUUAUGCUCUAUUGAAGGUGAGGACCCUGACGAUAUUAGAAUUCUUCUUUGUGCUCCUACUGGAAAGGCAGCUUACAAUAUAAAUGGUCUGACCAUUCACAAUGCUUUCCAGAUACAACCAAAUAAAGGACUUGACCAGUCAUUGUCAUGCGAUGUUCUCAAUACACUCAGAAUGAAAUACAGAAAUUUGUCUCUGAUUUUGAUUGAUGAAAUUUCAAUGGUUGGAAAUAAAAUGUUCUCUUUACUGGAGAGAAGGCUGAAAAAAAUCAAGGGAAGCAACUGUUCAUUUGGUGGCGUGAGUAUCAUAGCUAUUGGUGACUUUUUCCAACUCCAACCUGUAUUUGACAGCUGGAUUUUCAAUGAUCUAAGCAAAGGAUUAACAGCAUUAGCUCCUAAUUACUGGAAAUUAUUAUUUUCUUUUCAUGAACUAACUGAAAUAAUGAGACAAAAAGAUGAUUUGGAAUUUGCUCAAUUACUAAAUAGGUUGAGACAAAAUCAGCUGACUGAAAAUGAUUUUGCAGUUUUAAAUACAAGAACUGUUUCAAUCAGUGAUCCAACAUACAGAACUAAUGCUACUCAUUUGUUUGUUGAAAAUGCUUUAGUGGAUAAUUUUAAUUUGCAAUACAUAUCUAAAUUAGGCUCACAAAAGGUUAAAGUUACAGCAGUUGACACAGUUUGUGGGGAUUUACCAGCAUCUGUAAAAACAAAAUUACUUAGUUCUUUACCAGAAAAACAGUCUGAUACAGCAAACCUUGCAAAGGAAGUAGUAUUAGCAAUUGGGAUGAAAUAUGAUCUUACAGCUAAUAUUGAAGUCACUGAUGGUCUCACAAAUGGUUCAACUUGUGAACUUAAAUUGAUAGAGUGCAAAACGAAAUCUAUAAGACCAAGUAUCAUAUGGGUUAAGUUUGAGGAUGCCAGAAUUGGUGCUAACAAUAGAAGAAAAUAUUCCCACUUGUUUGGAAAAGAUGUUGAAAUUACAUGGACUCCAAUGUUUGAUAUUAAAAGGUCAUUUACUUAUAAAUAUAAGACCUUUGAAAGAAUUCAAUUUCCUCUUCGUCCAGCAGCUGGAAAAACAAUUCAUAAAUCGCAAGGAGAUACAUUACAAGAAGUUGUUGUUAGUCUGAAAUCAAAACGUAAAGGAAAAAUUCCACAUAUUCACUAUGUUGCACUAAGCAGAGUCACAUCUUUAACUGGAUUACAGAUAUUAGAUCUCAAUCAACAAGCAAUAGCUGUAGCAGAGUGUGUUCGACAAGAAUUACACAGACUAAGGACAGAUGCAACUCUACAGUUGUGCUUUAAGCCAUUGUAUAAUUUAUCAAGUAACUAUUUUAAAGUCGUUUUCAACAACUCAAGGUCAUUGCAUGCUCACUUUAAUGAUAUAAAAUCAGACCCUAACAUCUUGGAUGCUGAUGUUAUUGGUAUUGCUGAAUCAAGACUUAUAUCAACAGAUGAAAAUGGGGAUUUUCAUUUACCUGGUUUUGAACCACCAGUUCGGUUAGACCAAAAGCAAACAAACUUUAAUACAAGACCACCUCAUGGAUUGGUAUUAUAUUAUCGAAAUAAUUGUAUUCUUCACAAUACAGUCACUUUCUCAACUCCAUCGUUAGAGUUUGUUAUAGCAGACAUAAUAUCACCUAGCAAAGGUGUUUUUCAGAUUGUCUUUGUUUACAAGGCACCAAACUGCAAAUUGCAACAACUAAAAGAUACUUUCCUUGUAAAUCUUCUUCCUGAUGUGUAUUUAAGACUUCCAAAAAUUAUCAUAAUGGGAGACUUUAAUAUUGAUUUAAACACUGGGAACACUUCUUUUUUAAAGUUCAUGAGAGAUUCAUUUUGCUGUUCACAAAUUGUGUCUAAACCUACUACAUCUUCUGGUACACUGUUGGACUUAAUUUUCCUAAAUUUUGAUAGUAAGAUAAACUUUGAAACAGAUGUUCUUGAUUCCUAUUGGUCAGAUCAUAAAGUUAUAUAUGUAGCCAUUGAAACACAAUGA